GAUCCUUUCCGCUCUGCUCAAUACAUUAUGACACCUGGCAUGAUGCAGCUAAAGGCAUUUCGAAGCGCUGCGAGGACCAGCGGUCGCAAUGCACUCCAUGUGACUAGCUCAUCGUUUUCACAUAAUAUACACCAGCUAGCCAGUCAUCCUGCCUCACAGGCGGCGCAGGUUCCGCAGCUGUCGAUGGCUCUCGGCAGGCGCUCGUUGUCUCCUUGUGCACCAAAGCUCCAAACAGCUCGGAAGGCCUCUGUGUCCUCAGAAAGCGGCGCUAUAUCUUUGCCAACCUCCAGCCGCCUCCAAACUGUGCUUGAUGGACUGGACAAGCUUAACAGCAAGGACCCGCGUAGCGUUGAGAUUGACGGACAGCCAGUGCCGUACGAGCUGGCGUACUCUCGCUGGCUGACCGCCUGGGUGCUACAGCUGUGCGCUGACGGCGGGCUACAGCCCAGUGAGGAGCUGCACAUCGCGGCGCGAGGGCAGCACGUGGAGCGGUGGCGAGUGCCCCGCAGCUCCUACCCCGAGGGUCGAACCGCGUACCUGCAGUGGCGGGAGGACCUCAAGAAACGCCAUGCAGUCACCACCACGGGCCUUAUGGCGGCUGCAGGGUACAGCAUCGACAGCUGCAAGCGAGUGGAGCAGCUGAUUCUGAAACGCGCUCUUCGGGAAGCGGAGGGGCAGAUCCUGGAGGACGGUUUGUGCCUGGUGUUCCUGGAGCGCCAGUUCGCGGAGUUCCUGCCAAAGCUGGCGGAGGGCGCGGGGGGCGACACGGCGGAGGCGGAGGCCAAGAUGAUCGACAUCCUGCAGAAGAGCUGGAAGAAGAUGGGCGAGCUGGGCCGCGCGGCGGCUCUGAAGCUGCCCCUGGAGCCGCGACUGGCCGAGCUGGGCGGUGUAUACCAAUACAGCAUCGUAAAGCAUUUUCGACGUUCUGGUGGACAGGAUGGACUGGUGCAGCUGAUGAACGGCGCUCUCGCGAUCACGGUCAACGACAGCGCCACGAACGCGGUCUUGGCAUCCGCGACUAUUGACCAAAUGUGGGGCUUCGGGAUCGGCCAGAACACUUGGAGUGCUGAGGGGCAUGACCUUAAACCAGCAGAAGAUGUGCCCGCGGGCGUCCCAAAGGCCCGGUCCGCGUGCCUGUCCUUCAUCUCCAUAGAGCUGCACGAGCGCCAGCUGCCGCCGGGUGCCGACCCGGCGGCAAUGGCCGCGGCGCCGCCGCCUGAGACGGAGUUGCCGCCGCUGCUGCCGUACAGCUACGUCACACCGGAAUUUGCUGAGACGGGCAACCUGGUGGAGCUGGUGGUGACGGACAUUUCCCCACUGCCGCAGCAACUCCUAACCGCCAACGACCUGGCUGGCGGCAAAUUGACCGUUGCUGCCGCCGUCAAGCUGCCCGGCAGCGGCCCCACUGUGGUGCUCCACCUGCCGCUGGUGGGAGGCCGCGUCGCGGGCCCCGCGGUGCGGCGGGAGCAGAUGACGGCGGAGGCGUGUACGGCAUUGCAGUUCCAUCUGGAGGAUGGGCAGCCCCUGGAUGUGGAGGUGGCCAGUCACCCCUUCAUGAUUCCCCCCUCACCCCCUAUAUCUGGUAUCUGCUCCAUUCGCCAGUGGUACGUGUCGGCGGAGAACUUGAACGACCCCGCAUGGGAGGCCUACCACGCGGUGGCGCCCGCGUACUCGGCCUUCCGGGCGCUGCUGGCGGCGGGGGCAACAAGCGGUUCAGCGGAGGCAUUGCCACUGAGCGCCUUCGGGACGGCGGAGGGAGCCAAGUCGUACAUGCCGCCGUACACGCCGCCGUCGGGCAAGUCGAAGCCCAUCGAGGAGGCUCCGGCUGCGGGUACCUGUCUAUGGGAGAAGCCGCCACCGCCGCCGCCCCGGUCGCUGCUGGAAAUGAUCCCCCCCCGCGACCUGACCCCCAAGCCGCCGCCAUCCACCGCCGCGGACGAGUUCAAAGCCAAGGUGCGCGUGGUGGCACGUGCCCUGGCGGAGGAGUAUAAGGCCCUGCUGCCGCCGCCCGGCAGCGCCGGGGACGGCGGCAGCGAGGGCGGAGGUGGUGGCGCUGCGGAGGCCCGGCAUAAGGCCCUGGUAUUUGAGCUCAAUCGCAGCGGCAAAUACGCCCAGAUGCGUGACUCGCUCAAGGCCUCUGUGGUUGCGCUUGUACGGGAGAAAUACCGCAAGUCCGGAAGCAUGUCGCCCAACGAAAUGGCGCUGCUGUACAACGACCUGUACGGUACUUUGCUGGCGGCGACCCACAGUGCCCUGAAUGAGAUGAUUGACGCGGCGGCGGUGCGGCCCCGUGCGCCGCUGCCUGAACCCGUACCGGACAAGCAGCGGCUGGGUCAGCUUCUGGAGCUGGCAUCGCAGGCUGAGGCCGUGGGGGAUAUCAGCCGGGCUGAGGCGCUGCACCAACGUCGCCUCCUGGCCAAGAACGACGCGCAGGUGUGGUACGAGUACGGCACGUACUGCCUGCGCCGCGGCGCGCGCGGCCGUGCGGAGCAGAGCUUCCGCGAGUCCCUCUCCCUGGACCCCACUCACCGCCCCGCGCUGCUGGCGCUGCUGGGGUGCUCCGUGGCUGAGGGCCGGGCCACCGACCCCGCCUACUUGGAGGCGGCUGAGGCGGCCGCACACCGCCUGAUGGAGGUCUCCGGACAGCCCACCCUGGAGCACUGGGCCGCCAUGGCGCUCGUGUACAAGGCAUAUGGUGACGCCAAGCGCAAUGAGCUGAGCAGCUGCGAGCAGGAGAUGACCAGAUUGGAGCGGGAGGCGGUCGUUGCGGCGGGGGCUCCAGCGCGUGCUCCAGGGUUGGCUGCGAGGGGGACUGGGGGAGGGGAGGUGCCAGAGGACCCCGCUGCAGGGGAGGAGGUACCCGGAGAGCUGCAGGCCCGUGCCUUCAUCUCUUUGGCCACCUCCCUGCUCAAGACCCUCUCCCUGCCCUCGGAGGCCCUCCUGGCGCUGGAGCUAGCUGCGGGGCUGAGGCACUGGCCCGCAGCCGCGAGGGAGACACACCGCGAGGCCCGGCUGGUUUCGGCGCUGGCGGAGACCGCACUGGCCCAGCAGGGCUCGCAGGGCUCCCAGGUCGCGAGUCAGGUCGCUGAGGCGCUGCUGGCUCCCGGCGGUCCGCUGAUCCAGUUGAUGCGGGAUGGCGGAGUGACGGGGUGGCGCACCAAGCUCCUCACCGCGCAACUGUACCGGACCAAGGGGGCGCUGGACGAGGCCAUUCGGUUCUACCAGCUGGCGGGGUGCUACACGGCACGAGGACAGCAUCGCUACGCCGCGAAUGUGUUCCUGCUUGGGGCGGCGGCGGCCCCCGGGCUCACGGUGCUGUGGCGUGGCGACUUGUACUCGGCGGACAUGUGCCUGAGUGAGGCCAAUGUGCUGGAUCCGGAGGACCCGCGGGCCUGGGGCUGGCUGGCGCUGGUAGCACUCAAGGACGGACGCGAGGAGGAUGCGGAGAAGGCUUUGUCAUUUGGACUGCGUUGCGGUCUGGAUGACGCCGGAGUGCUGAUGCAGAUUGCAGAGCAGUACCGGGUGGCCGGCCAGCUGAGAGAGCAGCAGCGCGUGCUGCAGGAGCUGGCUCAUCGGCUGCAGCCCCAGAGCUGCGCGCUGCGGCUGGCUCUGGCGCGCUGUCUGGAAGCGCAGCACAUGGGCCCUGAGGCGGCUCGGGAGGUGGCUGCUGCUCGGGAGCUGGCCGCCGGGGAAGAGGAGCUGGCGGCGGUGGCGGCGAUGGAGGAGAUGCUGCGGGGCGCUGGGGUGGCGCGCCUUCCCAGCACCUAUGGCCGCAGCCGCAUGGUGACAUACGGCGACAUCGGUCCCACAUCCCCGUGUGACAGAUGGAUCGGGCGCAUGGGCUCACCCUAA